AUGUACAUGUAUGGACUGCACGUCAAAGCCGACUGGUGUGCCGCGCUCAAAUGUCUGAAGGAGGCUGCAGAACGCGGUAGCAUCUAUGGCAAGGGGGUCUUAUCACUCCUCUAUUACCAACGAAAAAUGUAUACAAUGGCUGCGCAGACCGCCUGUUCGCUGGCUAUGGACUCAAAUCUCAAAGCUAAGAUUAUGCGUAAACCACACCUACAAAUUUUUCCCCGACGAGGAAUGUCUGUUGCCUGCUUUGUCUACGCCUGCUGUCUUGAACGUGGCCUAGGUGUGCAAAAGGACGAAAUAAUUGCUCGAGCUAUGCAUGCACGCUCCUUUGAAAUUGACUGCGAAUUAUGCUGCCGCUUCCAAAAUAUGAUCAUUCGAGAAGAAAUUUAA